AUGCUGAACCCAGAUGACCUCAACGAUGAACAGCAGCCAUCGCGAAGCAGCCAUGAAAGCCACCGGCAAGGCAGUGUCCCUGAGCCUAACACCGCUUGGAUACACGAAAUGUUCAAGCAGCAACAGUGCAUCCUACACCAACAGCAGGAAGCAUUUUUGAAGCAGCAAGAAAGUUUUCUAACGCGUAUGAUGUCGUCCAUGAAUAUGCGUGAAUCGACCGGACCGGAAUUCCUGAUUGACUCGUUGGCGAAUCAUGUGACGGAAUUUCGUUAUGAUCCGGAGGAGAACGUUACGUUUGCUGCAUGGUACAGGCGUUUUGAGGGGCUUUUUGAAAAAGAUGCUGCAAAAUUGCCGGAUGAUGCCAAGGUGCGAUUGUUAUUGCGUAAACUUGGUGUGGCGGAACAUGAGCGAUACAACAACUAUAUACUGCCCAAAAAUCCAGGUGAUUUUGGUUUCGCGGAAACCAUAGUGAAGUUGCGGGCACUGUUUGGUUCAAAGGAGUCGGACGUCAGCAAAAGAUACAAGUGUUUUCAGUUGCAAAAAACACGCACAGAGGACUAUGUUACGUUUUCAUGCCGGAUAAAUAAGGCUACGCUAGAGGCGGAACUAGCCGGGCUCAGCGAGGAAACAAUGAAGUGUUUGAUCUUUGUGUGUGGUCUGAAAGACGAAGAAGAUGCCGAUGUGCGUAUGAAACUGCUGAGCCGUAUGGAAGAAAAAAAGGAUGUUACGCUUGCGCAACUAUCAGAGUUGGGUGAAAAGUUGGCGAAUCUUAAGAAAGAUACAACUUUGCUCGCGGGAGAAAGGAAAGUCCAGUUGAUUGGCGAAGAAAAGUGUCGAAGCCCGAAGGGAAGGAUAUUUUUGCAAGUUUGGUGA